GAUUGGGUGCUAUGGAUGUCAAUUAUCCCGCAUGGCUGCUGGGAUAGAAUCCGAGGGGAGCGGAGAGAUCGGCAGUCGGGUAGCGGAACGGAGAUCCAGUGGUGGAAGGGGAUCCAGUGAGACGAGGGGAGAUCUAGUGACGGGUCUGGGAAUCAGUGGAGUUAGAACGGGGAUCUAGUGGCGGGGCGGAGAUCUAGUUGGGCAAGAGCGGUGAUCCUUUGGUGGAAGGGGAUCCAGUUGGGCUAGAGCAGAGAUCACGUGGGGCUCGAAUAGUGAUCCAUUGGCGAAGCGGAGAGCCAACGGCGAGCGGAGAUCCGGUAGGGAUCCAGUGGCUCUGGAGCAUCGAUUCAAGGAUCGGGGGGAGGAUCCAGUGGCGGUCGGGCAGUGGUCGAGCGGCAGGGCGGGGAUCCAGAGGCCGAGGGGGGAAUCCAGUGGGGAUUGGGCGAGAUGUGGCCGGGCGCUGUCUUUGCCCUGCUCUUGCUGUGCUGUGGCGCUGGGCGCGCCCAGUACGAGAGGUACAGUUUCCGCAGCUUCCCGCGGGACGAGCUGAUGCCGCUGGAAUCGGCUUAUCGACAUGCGCUGGACCAGUACACGGCGGAGAACUGGCAGGAGUGCGUGGACUACCUGGAGAUGAGCCUGAGGCUCCACCGCCUGCUCCGAGACAGUGAGGCUUUCUGCAACCUCAACUGCAGCACGGUGCGAUCCCAGGAAACCUCCCACUUCAGCCGCUUCGCCGAGCUGCAUCUAUUCAGCAACAUCAUGAGUAGAGCCCAGUGCCUGAGGAGAUGCAAGCAGGGUCUGCCCGCCUUCCGCCAGACCCAGCCCAGCCGGGAGACGCUGGAGGAGUUCGAGAAGCGCCAAGUCUACAAGUUUCUCCAGUUUGCCUAUUUUAAGGUCAAUAACAUUCCCAAGGCCAUCUCAGCAGCACAUACCUUCCUCCAGAAGCACCCUGGCGAUGCGAUGAUGCAGCAGAACAUGGCUUAUUACAGCAGUUUACCAGGCUCCGACGAGUUCAUUAAUGAUCUGGAGGUGAAAAGCUACGAGACUCUCUUCCUACGAGCAGUGAAAGCCUACAACGCAGAGAACUACCCGGUGUCUGUUUCCAACAUGGAGUUGGCCAUUCCUGACUACCUCAAGGCCUAUGACGAGUGUAUUGCUACCUGUGAGGGCUCUCGGGAAGUGACAGAGUUUAAAGAUUUCUAUCCUUCCAUAGCAGAUCAUUAUGCUGAGGUUCUGCAGUGCAAGGUGAAGUGCGAACAUGAUUUAACACCUGUGGUUGGAGGCUUUUUCGUGGAGAAAUUUCUGGCUACAAUGUACCACUACUUGCAGUUUGCUUAUUAUAAACUCAACAACAUGAAGAAUGCAGCCCCAUGUGUGGCAACCUACCUGUUGUUUGAUCCAGAAGAUUCAGUGAUGAAGCAGAAUUUGGUGUACUACCAAUAUCACAAGGAGAAGUGGGGCUUGACCGAGGAAGAUUUUGCACCAAGACCAGAAGCUUUGCGAUAUUACAACCAGACCAAAUUUCAGCUUCAGAUGUAUGAGUUUGCCCAGCAGCAUUUAUUGGACGAUGAUGAGGGAGAAGUGCUAGAAUAUAUGGAUGAUCUUCUGGAAGCUCCAGACAGCUAAUGUGAGCAACAGAACAAAAUCUACAGGAAAGAUGAAAAAGCAGCAUUACCCUUUCCAGCUCCUACCACACGCGACAUUUCCAAAACUCUGCCUGAAGUUUGGGAGAUUUUAAUUGCCUCAUUAUUUCUUCAGUGUUGACUCAUGACCCUCUGACUUCCUGUCAAUGACGUGCAUUUGUUCUUUAACACAGAUCUUCUGUCCCACUCUGCCUCACACCCCAUCCUCUCCCACAAUACCCACCCCAUCCCUCCCACAGCACCCAUCCCCUCCCUCCAUGCCCCAUCACCCCAACAGCACCCAAUCACUCCCACAGCACCCAUCCCGUCCCUCCACACCCCAUCCCUCCCACACCCCAUCCCCUUCCCUCCCCAAUCCCUCCACCCCACCUCCCUCCUUCCCCACCCUCACCUCCAUCUCCCAUCCUUCCCUCGAUUCCCUUCCAUUCCCCGCCACACCCCUCUCCACUCCAUCUGCCUGCCUCCUCCUCCACACCUUGCACCACACCCCUUACUCUUUUCUCCUUUGAUUCAUGAGGCCAGACCCAACCAGUGAUGCUUUAGUAGUGCUGAAACCAAAGGACAUCAUUCCCACUGCCUUCCUCAGGCCAUUGUGCUGACAUUGGUCUUUCCUCCUCGGGACCCAGUUUCCCAAUCAGUCAAAUGAUGAUAUUUUUCACACAGACUACCUGUAACAGCUUGAACUGGCAUCCUCUGUUUUGUUUUGGUGUAAUCGGUUGGUUUCACUCUUGAGUGUUGUCCUAGGUCAGACUCAUGGUCACGUUGUAUUUAGUGCUGUAGCACUGAGGGGAACCUCCUCUUGGUUCACACUACACAUUGAUGUUGGUCACCAAUGGCUGUUUGUGCUUUUCAUCCAGAGAGAUCCCUGGGAGUAGGAUUAUGGUGAAACCUUUUCUGGGAAUGCCAAUCAUCCAGUGUCAAAAUAGAAGGUAGCCAGGGAUUUUGUAGGUUGUCAGAAUCUCAAACAGUAAAGGGGAGAAUCUGCAAGUUGUUAGGCAAAGCUUGAAAUAUAACUGAAAGAGCUGUCAAUGUCUAUGUAUAGAGAGCUUAAACCUGAGCUGUUUCAUUCACUGUCUCAAGCUCCUACUAGCUACAGUGCCUCAAUGCCAGAGAAAACAUUGACUCAUUUAUUAAUGUUUGAACAUAGACCCUUGAUGCUGUUUUAGCAAGUCAGUGUGAAAAACCCACAACCAAUCUUUCACUGCAGCUGCCUGGGCUGGACACUUGGUUGUGAGCCAUACCUCAAACAGCAAUUCCUUUUACACACUGGCCUGUGGUUUGAAUAACCCAGUGAAGCACUCCCUUCAACUCUUUACACUCACUGAAUGAUCAGAGGUUCUCACAAAACAACUGUUGCUUUGAUAGCCUACAUAAUCUGCAAUAUUUAUGGCUCUAAAGUUGUUUUUUAUAGGAAAAUCUAAAUCAGAUGUCGUUGCAAGUGAUGAGAAGGUGUGUGUUACUGAGAACAUAAUGCAAACCUUUGUUGGUCACUUUCAACCACUUCAACCAAAAAAAUCCCACAAAGGUUGCCCUGAAAUUCUUUCCAUGUUUACACCAGGUAGCAAACUGUCUUUUCACAUACAACCUAAACUGGCUGAACAAACAAAGAAAUACAGGAUAUAUUUAAGUUCUUGGAUUUAUUUUUGAAAAUUGAAAGCAGUUUGUCAGUUAAAGUUUAACAAAGGUUACUCACUUGCUAUUUGAGUAAAUCCCGUGUCCCAACACAAUCCUGAAUCUCUGCUUGUUAGCCCAGCCAAUGCAGAGUGUGCCACAGUAUUUUACAGUAAAUCUUGCUUUUCAUGAUUACACAAAUGUACAGUAUUAAUCUUUAUACACUACAGCCCUUGUGUUCAAGUUUUUAAAAGAUGUUUAAGAACUGUACAAUCAAGUUGGUGCCUUAAACCUAAUAAAGAUGUUUUUAUCUUGCUAAAAAGAUGACAUUUAUUUAUUUCUAUGUGCAGCCUCAUGUAAGCUGACAACACUUUACAGAUGGAAAAGUCAUUGCCUUGGCAUUUUUCAGAGCAGAGUGUGAAGUCACUGAACAAAAGAUGGGUGUAUAUAACAAUGUAGUAAGUUCUGGAAAAUCCAUCAAAGACCAAUAUAUGCUUCGUGUGGCUGGAAUAUAGUGGCUUGCAAACCCAGCUCCCUCCAGCACUGGGCAAGGAAACCUUCACUUAGUAUUGCUCCUGUGUGUGUCAGACACAGCGAAAGGUCUUGUUGCCUUCACUUUUAGAAGGAAAGCCUGACAGUUACUGCAGUGUUGGCUAAACCCUGCAAGUCAACAGAACCUAAGUAGAAAUGUUUUAAGUUCCUUGACAUGUUGCA